GAGGAUGGAAAGAAAGAGGGCUGCGGGGGGUUAUCACAGCAGGCUCGGUGAUGUCGUCGUCCGGCGUGGUGGUCCUGGACAAUGGCGGCGGGCUCUGCAAGGCGGGGUUCGGCGGCGAGCGGGACCCGGCCGCGGUGGUCCCCAACUGCCUGGGCCGCUCCUCAUCGUCCAUCAGGAAGUGGCUGGUGGCCGACCAGUUGCUGGCUCCCGACGCCGACGUGACCUCCGUGUCGCUCCGGCGCCCCUUCGACCGCGGGUACCUGGUGAAUCCGGAGCUCGAGCGGGAGGUGUGGGAGCGCCUCCUCCGCUCGCUCCUCCGCGUGGACCCUUCCCGCUCCUCGCUCCUCCUGGUGGAGCCCCUCUUCAGCCCGCCCGCCGUCCAGCGCGCCACCGACGAGCUCGUCUUCGAGGACCUGGGCUUCCGCGCCCUCUGCGUCGCCGACUCCCCGGCCCUCGUCCACCUCUACGAGGCCAGCCGGCGCCCGCCCGGGGGCGCCCAGUGCAGCCUGGUGGUGGACUGCGGCUUCUCCUUCACCCACGCGGCCCCCGUGGUGGACAACUUCACCCUCAACUACGGGGUCCGCCGCCUGGACCUCGGGGGAAAGGCCCUCACCAACUACCUCAAGGAGCUCGUCUCCUACCGUUCCGUCAACCUCAUGGACGAGACCCUUAUCAUCGACGACGCCAAGGAGAAGCUCUGCUUGGUCUCCCUCGACGUCCCUCGCGACCUCCGCCUCGCCAGGAGAUCUGGAAAAGACAACCCCUUCAGGUGCACAUAUGUUCUCCCUGAUGGUAUUACACAUACAAAAGGCUAUGUCAAAGAUUUGGAGGAAGCACACAAGUAUCUUUCUCUGCCAGAUGGAAGCUCAACUGCACAAUGUGGCCUGAAGGAAGUAAUAGAAUUUCAGGACGAUACAGAGAAACCUGAGGAUCGAAGGAGAAUAGACUUGACAAAAAAUGAGUUCAACUUGACUAAUGAGCGUUUUCUUGUACCUGAGAUGCUCUUCUGUCCUGCUGAUUUGGGUAUGAAUCAAGCUGGACUAGCUGAAUGCAUUGUUCGUGCUAUUAGUUCAUGCCAUCCUCAUCUUCAUCCUGUGCUUUUUGAGAGCAUCAUAUUGACUGGUGGAAGCACAUUGUUUCCUCGAUUUGCAGAACGACUAGAAAGGGAGCUUCGGCCUCUUGUACCUGAUAAUUAUCAAGUGAAGAUUACUACUCAAGAAGAUCCUAUUUUAGGUGUAUGGAGGGGUGGGUCGCUUUUGGCAUCUAGCCCUGAUUUUGAAUCAAUGUGCAUUACAAAGUCAGAGUAUGAAGAGAUAGGAUCAAUCCGCUGUCGACGCCGUUUUUUUCGCUGAAUAUCUGAUUAGGAAGGUUUGGAUGCCAGGAGAUGAAGAGGUAGGAUCAACCCGGUGUCAAUGCCCUUUUUUUCAUUGAAUAUCUGAUUAGGAAGGUUUGGCUGCCAAGAGCUAUACCUGUCAUCAAGUAGAAAACCAUUAAAUAGAAGGCAAGCUCGAAGUUCAUAUAAUGUCAUCUUUACCUGAAACAAGUGCAACGCUAUCUGUAGUUUAAGAGGCCCUUGCUGUCUCAUAUAGCCGCUAAUUACUUUUGUGACCACCUACCCCUAUUGUAUGACUGGAUGGGUAGCAGGGUCCUUGGGCAAAGUUGUGGUCUCAUCCUGUAUUUUGCUUUAUACACUGCUAUUACUUUGGUAUGGCGGUUGUCCGAAUUGCUGGCAGUGCUAAUGCACUCAUCAAGCUGGUCCAAACUCCGGUUUGAAGUGCCAUAUAUAAUAAUGGAUGCGGUUGGCUAUAAGCGCCAACGAAUUUUCUUUAU